UCCUGGACGCUUCCGCAAACCACCUCAGUUCCUGAUCUGGUGGCAGAUUACAAUGAACAGGCGUUAUUUGGGCCCUAAGAGGCAACUUCAUCCCUUCUUCUCUCAAUCGCCUUUCACCUAUCGGGGUCUCCUAUAUUUACCUCAACUGUUUGUCAGAACCAUCGCAAGUGCUCCUUGCUCCCCUCGUCGCAGGCUUCCCACUUCCGGUUUUGUAACACUAGAUCCAAAUACGAAGAUUGAAGAAGAACAUCUUCCCUCUUACAUCCCAGACGACUAUUAUCCAGUUUAUAUCGGUGAAGUGUUAGGAUCCAGAUACCAAGUUGUGGGGAAAUUGGGCUUUGGGGCGAACUCCACAGUCUGGCUGUGCCGGGAUCUUAGGCAAAGGGAACACCGAUUUCUGACGCUCAAAUUGCGUGUUCGAAGCAAAGAGCAUAAUCACGUGAUUCAUGAUCAGGAAACCACAAUCUGCGACUACCUCAAGAGUCAGUCUCUAGAACAUCCCGGAAAAAACAGAGUUCGCAGGGUUCUUGAUUCGUUCGAGAUCGCCGGUCCAAAUGGAAAUCACAAAUGCAUACUCUAUCAACCGCUUGGGAUGAGUUUCACUGAGUUUCUUAGACUUCUUCCUGAGCAUAGGUUUCCAAAGGAACUAGCUCAAAAGAGCAUUCAACUUAUCCUAAUUGCCCUGGAUUAUCUCCAUCAGUGUGAUAUUUUUCACACUGAUAUUUCACCAAACAACGUACUCCAAGGAAUUGAGGACGACUCAAUUUUUGCUGAGAUGGAGCAAGGCGAACUCGAACAACCUAUCGCCCGGAAGGUACUCAGAGAUCGUACUGUUUACAAUUCGCGACCAAUGCCUUUUAGUGCAGGCCAAGCAGUCCUCUGCGAUCUUGGUGAGGCUAGAAUUGGUACCUCAAAGCAUAGCGGCGACAUUAUGCCUGGCAUUUACCGCGCUCCAGAGGUGAUAUUAGGAAUAGACUGGGAUGCGAAAGUGGAUAUAUGGGCGAUCGGUAUAAUGAUGUGGGAUCUUCUUGAAGGCGGUCAUUUAUUCUUCGCAAAGAAGCAUGGAGUAUUAAAUGACGAGCAGCAUCUUGCAGAAAUGGUUUCGCUCUUGGGGCCUCCACCUCCCGAGUUCUUGAAACGGAGUCCUAAGUGCUCUCAGUACUGGGAUAGUCAAGGAAAUUGGAACGGCUCCAUUCCGAUCCCUGAGCAAUCAUUCGAUAGUCGUGAGCAGUGGCUUCAUGGAGAGGAUCGGGCUCUUUUUCUGCAUUUUAUACGCAGCACGUUAUGCUGGAUACCAGAAGAGAGACCCACUGCCGAGGAGCUGGCAUUUGACGAGUUUUUGAUGCAGCCCUAUGCAGCCGCAUUUUCGAAAGCAUUGGCCGAGGAUUAACAUAGAAGAAUUAUGUGACUAUGCCAAGAUCCUCUAUGAUGGAGUGCAUUGUUUUAUCAGGCCCAGUCAUAUGUCAACGCUGGCGGCUGCCUAACUCAUCGAUGUUUUCUGGAUGGUAGAACGUUCAUUAAGACGGCGGCUCACCCUCUCCCAAAUCUCCCAGGUUUCUACCCUUGUCUCUGCAACGUCACUGAGCAUAGCCGCCGGGCCCCAAACUUAAGAGUCUCCCGCCCCGUAGGUUGAGCCGUGCUAGCAAAUCGAGCAGAGAGAAAAUAUGCGGGCAUGUAUCGACGAAUGUGGCAUCAGAUAUGCUCGGAUAGCUUCGGCAAGCAUUUCGAUUGGAGAUUUGUAUAUUUAGAUACUGUAUAAUUUAUCAGUUCAACUCA